AUGCAGUCAGAAGGGGUUCCUGUAGAUCUUUAUAUCUAUGACUUGACUAAUGGCCUGGCAUCAGUGAUAUCGCCAAGUAUAGUUGGCCACAAAGUGGAAGGUGUUUGGCAUACAUCCAUAGUUGUGUAUGAGCGAGAGUACUUCUUUGGAGGACAAGGAAUAAGCAGCUGCCCACCGGGUAGCACAAGUUUGAGGGCUCCACAUCAAAUUAAGACCUUGGGGAACACAUUCGUACCAUUUCCAGUCUUCAAUCAGUACAUAGAGGGCCUGGCUACAUCAACAUAUGCUGGUUCAACCUAUCAUCUAAUCAAUCACAAUUGCAACCACUUCUCCGAUGAAAUCGCACAGUUCCUUUGUGGUGAACGCGUACCUAAGCACAUACUGUCACAAGCUGAGAGAGACUUACCGGCGCAUCUCAGAAUAGCCCUUACUUCAAUGCUAGAGCAGUUGGUACCAGAUGGUUCGCAGGCAGUUUACGCGAACGGGGUUCGUCAUAGUCGACAAGACAGCCCUGAUUACCUUACGCUCAAUAAUCAAAUCGAAGAAGCAAGGAUUGCGUCACAGGAGUUAGAAGCUAAACGUAGUACCAUAGUGGAGAAACAUGCGCGAAAGGAGCGAAAAAAAGAAAAGAAAAGAAAGAAGUUGCGCGAACAAGGUGGAGCCGGAGAUGAUGAUGGAAAGGUGCAGUGCUCCCAACUGCUCGACAAGCAUCGCAUUGACUCUUUUCCGUGUUCACGUAAUUGGCAGGACGAUCGUGACGAGAAAAUAGAAGAUACGUUCAAACCUAAGUCGCAAUUGACGUAUAAACGCGAUACCUUCAAGUCCAUUCAGACGCUAAAACAUUUGCGAUGUAAAAAAGACGAGACUUUUAGAUUUAGAUUCCUUAACCGUUUUUCAUAUCUCUGUGUGGAAAUCAGCAGUGGUAGUUCCGGUGACUACUAG